AUGGCGGAAACAAAUCCAAACCAAAUCAUAACUAUGGAACAGAUGGAACACAUGUUCAGACUGUUUCAACAGAUGCAAAAACCAAACACAACCCUUGAAACUAUUUCUCCAGAUUUGAAAUUAGCUGAAAAAUUAAACUACCAAAAUUACACAACAUGGUGUAAAAUGAUGCAGAUAGCAUUAGAAAGCAGGGGUCGUCUCAGCUACAUCAUUGACGACCCUCCCAACACUUCAGAUCCUAACUACACAAAUUGGAAGCAAAAGGACUCAAUAGUCCUAUCAUGGAUAAUCUCAAACAUAGACACUGAAUUAAUAAAUCAAUUCCUAGAUUAUACGAUUGCAAAAGACCUAUGGAAGGGGAUCGAGGUCUUAUUGUGCAGUGGAAGGGAUGAACUUCAGAUAUUUGAUCUGCGUUCACAAGCAAAUAAUAUCAAACAAAACCAAGAUCCAUUAGAGAUUUAUUAUGGGAAGCUAACCACAAUAUGGAAGGAGAUAGAUCGAAGACAACCAAAUCCGAUGAUACACGCUGAAGACAUUACCAUUUUUAACACAUUCAUCCAAAAACAACACCUCUUCCAAUUCUUGGCCGGAAUUAAUGAAACUUUUGACAAAGAAAAAAGGGACUUACUGAAUCUUGACCCACUCCCAACAGUAGACAUGGCUUAUGCCGCAAUCAGGCGCGAAAUUUCACGGCGUGGUAUUAUGAUUCACGCUUCAUCAUCGGGAAAAAAUCCCUCAGAAAUUGGGAGUGGGUUGGCCGUCAAACACCACCGGUCAAACGUUUCAUUCCGGCGUGACAUGGAGGACAAGGCUUACCUGAAGUGUAGUUACUGUGGAGGAAGUAGACAUACAAAGGAAGGGUGUUUUAAGUUAAUCGGCUACCCGGAGUGGUGGGAGGAGCACCGGCAACGGAAAACCGCCACCAAGGCUCAGUCAAAACAAACCGGCGGCAAGGCUAACAUGGUCACUGGUGCCCUCCACAUCAAAGACAUGGUCACUGAUGAACCAACCCACGACAAAGAAGUCACCCAUGGCAACACAGGUGAACAGAAAAAGGGAAAAGGAGAAGACGGACCAGAGGAAAGAGAAAAGGGAGAAAGAUCUGAAAAUAAACCGGAUGCUCAGACAGGGACGAUUAUUGGUCAUGGUACUGAAAAAGAUGGUUUAUACUAUGUGGACGAGGCGAUUCAAACGGGUCACACUUUGCUUGCUCGUGGGUUCCCUGAUCAUCAAUUAUGGACUUGGCAUCGACGUCUUGGACAUCCAUCCUUAGGGUAUCUAAAACGUCUUUUUCCAUCAUUAGCUAAAAGUACUGUGGAUUUGGACUGCGAAGCUUGUGUUCUUGCAAAAAGUCAUAAGCAUUCUUAUUCUCCUAGUUUUAAUCAUAGCAGUGAACCUUUUGUUUUGAUACAUUCUGACGUUUGGGGUCCUGCACCUGAGUUUAGAAAACAUAGCUAUUCAUAUUUUGUUUCUUUUAUUGAUGAUUGUACUAGAAUGUGUUGGAUAUAUUUUUUGAAAAACAAAUCUGAAGUUUUUGAUGUCUUUGUUAAGUUCUAUAAUUUGAUUGUCACACAAUUUCAUGCUAAGCCUAAAAUCCUUCGAUCAGACAAUGGGGGGGAAUAUAUGAAUAAACAAAUGGAAAAUUUCUUUACUACCCAUGGUCUUAUUCAUCAAACCUCUUGCCCUCAUACACCCCAACAGAACGGCAUAGCAGAAAGAAAGAACCGUACUCUACUUGAAAUAGGUCGAGCCCUUAUGUUUGAAGCCCAUGUCCCACCUUAUUUUUGGCCUGAAGCUAUUGCUUCUGCUACUUAUCUCACCAACCGACUACCCUCAAAAAUUCUUCAGUUCAGAACCCCUCUAGAAGUCCUUCGUAACCAUACUACUAUCCCAUCUUUUCACUCCUUACUUCCUCGCAUUUUUGAGUGUGUUGUGUAUGUUCAUUUGCCCAAACCUGCUCGAACCAAGCUUGAACCCCGGGCUGGGGAGACUGUCUGUGAUGACUUGAGCUGGCUAACAUAUUCUGUAAUUGAUGAUCUGAACCCUAAAGAGCAAGUAGGUAAUCCCACAGACAUUGCUACGGAAAACAUAGUAUUACUUUCUCCUCAGACUUUCCCUACCUUGUCUGAAGCAUCCAAUGAUCAAGAAGUUGCCUGUGAGUCUCAAGAGGUAUUAAUUGAAUCUGAACCCCAAGUAAAUGAUGAUAUAUCUGGUAUUGUUAACUCACCCUGCAGAUAUGAAUUACCCCCAAGGAGCAAGAGAGGUGUUCCUCCAAGGAGGUAUGAUCCAGAGUUUGAAUCACAAAGAUCUCGAUAUCCUAUAACCGAGAAACUAGUAACUUGGCACAAACAGCUGUGGCAUUUCAAACCAGCCUAUACUCAAAAUCCCCGCCCAAGAAUACUGAAGAAGCUCUCCAAGAUUCGAGGUGGAAAAAGGCAAUGA